AUGACGGAGAGAAGCGAAGGCUGCUUUAUGGUCAGGCACACACCUCAUCCCAGAAGAGUUUGUCACAUCCAAGGCUUGAACAACAUCCCAAUCUGCACGGUGAAUGAUGAUGACAUAUUUCCCAGAAUGCUGUACUGCUCCGACCAGUUUAGACCUUCAGAGAGGAAUGAGACGUCAUUAACAAAAUGCAGUAACUCAGCCAGCACUGCAUCCCCAGAGAGCCUGAGUGUCCGAGGGCUGUCCCCCGCCCCAAACAAAGUGCCUGCAAGACCUCGCUCUGAGCCAUGUAGAAAAUUCAGUCAGAGCUUCAAAAGUUCCAGAGACAACCCCUUGGUGAGAUGUAAGGACGAAUAUAAAGCUAAAAGGCCACCAGUAUCCCCAAGGAUAUACUCUGCGGCUGCCUCCCAGUACUCAGAUGUGACGAGCCCUAAGAUUGAUGGGAAUGAAAACACUGUGCGCAUACCCAACUACCUGGAUCAGGAGAUAAAGAUCCUGGCGAAGCUCUGUGACAUUUUACAUACCGACUCUCUGGCCGAGGUUCUGGACUGGCUGCUUCAAGCAAGUACCAAAGAAAAGGAGUGGGUAUCAGCUCUGGUUCAUUCUGAACUAGCUGAGAUAAACCUGUUGACUCGCCAAAGAACAAACUCCCCAGCAGAACCAGCCACUGCCACGGAGCCCAGGAAGCCAUACACCUCUGCCACACCCACCACAACCAAAUUGCUGCAAAACUCACGUGCAAAACUAAAAGCGCUGACUGGACCUAGAGAACUUCAGCUACUCAGAACGUCAAGUCAAGGAUCCGAAGAAAACAAGCCGGUAUCACAAGGGGCUGAGACCCAGUUGUUUAUAAGAAGAAACAAGAAGAAAAUACCUGUUACAGAAUAUUUCAGCAAUCCAAAUUCUCCUGUCAGGUCCAACACUAUGGGGAGCAGAUCAGCAAAACCAGGGUCAGCAAGGAGUGUGCAAGGCUACAGCCCUCAGAGAACAUUCUAUCCUUAA